AUUUUACAAAUGGUCGGAAAAUCAAGCGAGCUCAAGAUAGAGCUGUCUUCCACUGAUGUCAUUCUCUUUGGUCAUGCCUCUGAAUCAUCUGGAAAAGCAUUACAAGGUUCUGUCAUCCUCAGUCUAUCCGAGCCUAUGAAAGUUCGAUCUAUUACAUUAAAUUUUGUCGGCAAAAUGAAAGUCGCUUGGUCUGAAGGUGUUGGCCAUCAUCAGCAUUACCAUAAGCAAGAAAGAGAAAUUAUCGAACAAAAGUGGCAGUUUGUUCCUAUUCUCGAUCAAUCUCACAAAAAGGUCUUCACUCUAGGUCCUGGGCAGCACAAGUGGGAUUUUGAAUUGACUUUGCCUGGUGAUCUACCACAGUCACUAGAAAGCGAAGGAGGUCAAGUUGUCUAUCGGUUUAAAGCAACCGUUGAACGCACAGCCUUUGUACACAACAUUGUCAAGAAACAGCCCAUUCAGAUCAUCCGCUGUAUGUUACCUUCCGAAUAUGAACUUACGCAGACUCUUGAAAUUCACAAUACCUGGGCAGAAAAAAUGAUGUAUGACAUUGUUUUACCCUCCAAAGUCUACGCUCGAGGACAAUCUAUACCUAUCACGUUUCAUAUUACUCCAAUUGCCGAAAGACUUCGUGUGCGAUCCUUGACAGGCUCACUCAAGGAAUACUGCACGUACACGACCAGCGAAUGUUCCAAGACGGACACUAGAAUCGUAAAGUCACGCAAACAAGAUUUCCCCUUUGGUGAUACAGAUGAACGCUCAGAGCAACAAGAACCCAUUUAUUGGACAAGGACACUUUCGCUCGAUAUUCCUCCGAUGUCCUCGCACAUGGCAUUUUGUGACGCAGACAAUGACAUGAUCCGUAUCCGUCAUAAACUCAAGUUUGUCAUCUGUCUCAUCAAUGCAGAUGGUCACUUAUCAGAGCUACGAUGUUCGGUUCCAGUCAUUAUUAUAUCCUCUAUUGCUCAACAAACAGAACUUGGCAAUACCCUUCCAGCAUACGAUCAAACAUGGCAAACUGUUCUCUGUGUUGACCCUUUACAGCAACCAAGUCAAGAUGAAAAUAUAGAAUGGUGGCAAGGUCAAGACCUAUCUCGUGUGCCAUCUUAUAGAACAGCAGCACAACAAGAUCCUGUACCCUUGUCAUCCUCAUUACCAACUUAUGAGCAACUCAAUGUAGGAUCACCGAGACGCGCGACUAUGUUUGGACAACUAUCCAUGUCACCAGCACAACCAUAGACAUACACACACAUAUAUUUACAUAUCAUUUUUACAUUUUAAAUAAUUACACAUUUUUUUAUUGCUACAAUAAGUUCUUUAUAUAACAUUCAAGAUAAACCUA